CUACAAGUGAAAAAUAAAAAGCUUUUCUGUUAUUUCGCUUGGCCCAAUAUCUUAUCGCAGAUUUCUACUCCUCCUCCUGCCCUAACCCGGAGAAUCUCCUCCGUUGGCGGUUGUUUCUCCGUUCAGCUUCUGUUCCGGCAUCCCUGUGGCUCCUGGGUUCAUCGCCGGAUUCUGAAGCUUCCAUCCUCAGUCCUGUUUCGGGCUUUUCCUUUUGAACAAUCAUAAUGGCUUCAGAUGCUGAUAUGGAGGAUUACGGAUUUGAAUACUCCGACGAGGAACCGGAGGAACAGGACGUUGACAUUGAGAAUCAGUACUACAACUCCAAAGGCAUUGUCGAGACUGACCCAGAAGAUGCUCUUUCCGGGUUUGCUGAAGUGGUCAGGAUGGAGCCGCAGAAGGCUGAAUGGGGUUUCAAAGCGCUAAAGCAGACUGUAAAGGUUUACUAUCGUCUGGGUAAAUACAGAGAAAUGAUGGAUUCAUAUAGAGAGAUGCUUACAUACAUCAAAGCAGCAGUGACCCGUAAUUAUAGUGAAAAGUGUAUAAACAGUAUUAUGGAUUUCGUCUCUGGAUCUGCCAGCCAGAACUUUGGUCUGCUACAAGAAUUUUAUCAAACCACUUUGAAAGCCCUUGAAGAGGCCAAGAAUGAGAGACUGUGGUUCAAAACUAAUCUUAAACUCUGCAAGAUCUGGUUUGACAUGGGUGAAUAUGGGCGGAUGAGUAAGAUCUUGAAGGAACUCCAUAAAUCUUGUCAAAAAGAAGAUGGCACAGAUGAUCAGAAGAAAGGUAGUCAGCUUCUUGAGGUUUACGCAAUUGAAAUUCAAAUGUACACUGAAACGAAGAACAACAAAAAGCUUAAGCAACUAUACCAGAAAGCACUUGCUAUCAAAUCAGCUAUACCUCAUCCUAGGAUCAUGGGUAUAAUACGUGAAUGUGGUGGGAAAAUGCACAUGGCAGAACGUCAAUGGGCAGAAGCAGCUACUGACUUCUUUGAGGCGUUUAAGAAUUACGAUGAGGCUGGCAACCAGAGACGUAUACAAUGUUUGAAAUAUCUUGUUUUGGCUAAUAUGCUGAUGGAGUCAGAGGUUAAUCCAUUUGACGGACAAGAGGCAAAGCCUUAUAAAAACGACCCUGAGAUUUUAGCAAUGACAAACUUGAUAGCGGCAUAUCAACGAAACGAAAUACUAGAGUUCGAGAAAAUACUGAAGAGUAACAGAAAGACAAUCAUGGAUGACCCAUUUAUCCGUAAUUACAUCGAGGAUUUGUUAAAGAACGUCAGAACGCAUGUGCUUCUCAAGCUUAUCAAACCUUAUACAAGGAUAAGGAUUCCUUUCGUCUCAAAGGAACUUAAUGUUCCAGAGAAGGAUGUUGAGCAGUUGUUGGUUUCACUAAUCCUUGACAAUCGGAUUGACGGGCACAUCGAUCAAGUGAACCGUCUUUUGGAGCGCGAUGACAGGUCCAAGGGCAUGAAGAAGCACACAGCCAUAGACAAAUGGAACACGCAGCUAAAAUCUCUAUCUCAAAGCAUCAGCAACCGGGUGUGUUAGGACAUUCCUUAGCCUCGCUGUCCCUUUCCACAAGCAAGGUUCUUUUCUCAUCCCUUCUUUUCAUGAUGCUUUUAGGAGAUCUCUAGAGUCUAGAGUAAGAACAGAAAAGCUAUUCCAUUGGUUAUUAAGCGUCUCCGGAGUUAAGCGCGUAUUUUUUUCGGAGUUUUUUUUACUUUCGGUUUCCGAUUUGGGUUUCAUGUUAUCGUUUGCCUGUGGAGUCAUCGUCUGCAUUGUAUGUGAAAACGGAGGAUGGUGUCUUCUAAUGGUUCACAGAGAUGGAAAUUGGCGCAUUGUGUUCUGACAUCGUCGUCGAUAUUCUUUAUAUAAAUAUGUAUAGAAAAUUCUAAUCGAUCAUUUUCACCGCUCGCAAUGUUCAAACAUUUGUUGUAUUUUCGAAUGAUAUACAGAGGCCGAGGCCAUGCACGUUAGACAUGCA